CUGCCCCUGCCCCUGGGGAAAUGCUAAUGAGGCUUCUGUAAACUCUGGCGCGUCAUUGGCCGAAGGGAAUUUGGUGCCACCUCGUCCUGCCGUUGCCAUUGGCUCGGCGCAAUCUGCUGUUCCCUCUGCCGCGAGCUCCUCGCUCCCCCUCCCCUCGCUUGCUCCUCUGCUUCUCUUCCCCGGGCCGCCGGGCCUGCGCUCGGGAGCUCUCCCUGUGUGAGAGGGAACGGACCGGGGCUGGGACUGGGGGUGGCUCAAAGCCCAGGAUGGCCCGGGGCACGGGGCGAAUGGGUGGGCACUGGGGAAGUUUCACAGGAAACAGUGGGGCAGCCAUGGUGGCGCCCACUCCUCACAACUCCUGUGCGCAUUCCCGUUCCCCCAGGAUCGCGGGAGGGCAGACGUGGCUCCCCGGGGGUCGUGAGCUCCGGGGCUGGGGGAAGCCCCGCCUCCCUGUCCCGCGAGCGCCGGGGGCUCUGUCCGCGGGCGAACAAUGGCUCUGCCCCGCCCACCAGCUACGCGACGCUCCCCCCAGCCCGCACUGAACUCUGGCCGGAUCUGCAGACACCGGGACACAGACGAGCGUGCCUGCGCGCGCACCGGGUGCCCCCAUUGGGUACGCUCGGCAGGGGACGCCCACCGCCGGCACCAGUGGGCCAUCCUGUCCCCAUGCCCACGCCUCUAGAACUCGUGCGGGGCGUUUUGGAGAUUCUUCAAAUUUGUCAGGGAGCAACAGGGUGACACAGUAGCCAACAAUGCUCAGGAAAUAAACUGACACCUGGGAGGAUACAAAAGAACACCAUUCUGGAGCUCGUUUCUUCUUCUUUCAGCUCUACUGCUUUGGGCAUUCAGUCAGCUGUGCCUCGUGUGAAAUUUGGUGGCUUGACUGAUAUCAACUACAGAACUCUGUCCGACACAGCUGGGACUCUUCUCUGAAGUGAUAGUGCUGAUGGAUUGCUUCUAAGCAUGUGAGCACACGGUGGUGUUCAUACUACACUCAGCAGUGGGGCAUGACCAUGGCCUCAGGGAACUGAACUUCCUUAUGUUUGCUGAUGGCAUCAUCUAUCUCCCACCACCUGGGUUUGAUUGGUUCCCUCCAUCUGCCUAAUCUUCUGUAUAAGGCAUGGACAAAAGGACAUAGGUGUCUAGGAAAGACCUCUAGAAAUGGGAUGUAAGCUAAAAAUUUCAUUCAAAAAGGAUCUCAUUGGAGACAUGGAUGAUUGCAAAGACCAAAUGACAUCAUUCCAUUCUACUGGUAUCUGCUGAUGGGAAUGGAACAGUGUGGAUACAGAGAGUUCUGGGACCCAUGUCCCUCAGAGCCAAUAUUAACAAAAUCCUGGCUAAAGGAAAAGUCAAGUGGCCGGUUGAAGCGUAAAGACAUGGAGAAGUACUGGACAGAUAAUCAUUAGGAGAUUCCACUUGAUUACAACAUUUGCAACUCCUUGAGCAAUGAACACUUAUUGAGAACCUAUUAAAUACCAGGCACUAUGGUAAAUGUCCUUGUCCCUGAGGAGCACACAAUAUGGCGACUGGAACUACUUGUUGGGUAGCCUAAAAGUGACCUAUGGAAUGACAAGCUCCAGUGCUUAUUACUACACGAAAGUGAUGUCUGAGCUCUUCUUACAUACUCCGUCGGACACUGGAGUCACCUUCCAGGCCAUCAGCAGCAUGGCAGACUUCUGGGAUUUUGCCCAGGGCCCAUUACUGGACAGUUUGUACUGGACCAAAUGGUACAACAACCAGAGCCUGGGCCACGGCUCCCACUCCUUCAUCUACUACGAGAACCUGCUGCUGGGGGUUCCGCGGCUGCGGCAGCUGAGGGUCCGCAAUGACUCCUGUGUGGUGCAUGAGGACUUCCGUGAAGACAUUUUGAGCUGUUACGAUGUCUACUCUCCAGACAAAGAAGAGCAACUCCCCUUUGGGCCCUUCAAUGGCACAGCGUGGACAUACCACUCGCAGGAUGAGCUGGGGGGCUCCUCUCACUGGGGCAGGCUCACCAGCUACAGUGGAGGCGGCUACUACCUGGACCUUCCAGGACCCCGACAGGCCAGUGCAGAGGCUCUCCGGGACCUCCAGCAGGGGCUGUGGCUAGACAGGGGCACUCGGGUGGUGUUCAUCGACUUCUCAGUCUACAAUGCCAACAUCAAUCUGUUCUGUGUUCUGAGACUGGUGGUGGAGUUUCCAGCUACAGGAGGUGCCAUCCCAUCCUGGCAAAUCCGCACGGUUAAGCUGAUCCGCUAUGUCAGCAACUGGGACUUCUUUAUCAUUGGCUGCGAGAUCGUCUUCUGCAUCUUCAUCUUCUACUAUGUGGUGGAGGAGAUCCUGGAGCUCCACAUCCACCGGCUUCGCUACCUCAGCAGCAUCUGGAACAUACUGGACCUGGUGGUCAUCUUGCUCUCCAUUAUGGCCAUCGGCUUCCACAUAUUCCGAACCCUGGAGGUGAAUCGGCUGAUGGGGAAACUCCUGCAGCAGCCAAACACGUAUGCUGACUUCGAGUUCCUCGCCUUCUGGCAGACGCAGUACAACAACAUGAAUGCUGUCAACCUCUUCUUUGCCUGGAUCAAGAUAUUCAAGUACAUCAGCUUCAACAAAACCAUGACCCAGCUCUCCUCCACGCUGGCCCGCUGUGCCAAGGACAUCCUGGGCUUCGCAGUCAUGUUCUUCAUUGUUUUCUUCGCCUAUGCCCAACUCGGCUACCUGCUUUUCGGGACCCAAGUGGAAAACUUUAGCACUUUUGUCAAGUGCAUUUUCACUCAGUUCCGGAUAAUCCUUGGAGACUUUGACUACAAUGCUAUUGACGAUGCCAACCGCAUCCUGGGCCCUGCCUACUUUGUCACCUAUGUCUUCUUCGUCUUCUUUGUGCUCCUGAACAUGUUCCUGGCCAUCAUCAAUGACACAUACUCAGAGGUCAAGGAGGAGUUGGCUGGACAGAAGGAUGAGCUGCAAAUUUCUGACCUCCUGAAACAGGGAUAUAACAAGACCCUCCUACGCCUGCGUCUGAGGAAGGAGAGGGUUUCGGAUGUACAGAAGGUCCUGCAGAGUGGGGAGCAGGAGAUCCAGUUCGAGGAUUUCACCAACACCUUGAGGGAACUGGGACAUGCAGAGCAUGAAAUCACUGAGCUCACAGCUGCCUUCACCAGGUUUGACCGAGAUGGGAAUCGCAUCCUGGAUGAGAAGGAGCAGGAACAAAUGCGACAGGACCUGGAGGAGGAGAAGGUGGCGCUCAAUGCUGAGAUUGAGAACAUGGGCUGGUCCCUUGCGAGUAGCCUACCAGGUGAGCUGGGCCCAGAGGCUGCCAGAGAAGGAGGCUGGAUUUCAGGAGAAGAAUUCUACAUGCUCACAAGGAGAGUUCUGCAGCUGGAGACUGUCCUGGAAGGACUUGUGUCCCGGGUUGAUGCUGUGGGCUCAAAGCUAAACCUGCUGGAGAGGAAGGGGUGGCUGGCACCCUCCCCAGGCAUGGAGGAACAAGCUGUUUGGGAGCACCUGCAGCCAGCCCCAGCUGUGACUCCAGCCCCCUGGGGAGUCCAGGGUGGGCAGGACAGUUGUGGGGGAGGAGGCCUAAAGCAUCAGACAGCAGGCUUCUCUCCCGCUACCUCCCCAGAGGCCCCCUCUCCACACGCCCUCCACUUCUAGGAGAGCAGGUGGCACUGUGGCUACUACAGAGCCCAGCCCUGUGUCUGGCCUUUUGAGCCAAUGUUUCUGUGUGUAGCGGGCAUCAUGCUUAGGCUUGUGACUCAGUGUUUCUGUGUGAAGCCACAUAGCUCUGUGAAAUAACACUUCCCACUGGGCUUCUUACUCCCUGUAAAAAGAGCACUUUGCUCUGCUGUGGUGAUAUAAAGUGUCAAUAACAAACAAGACAAAGGAAGGGAGGGUAAUGACUCUCCCUAAGCACCUGGAUAGCCACAAUUUGUGAAAAAGGUAGAAGCCAAAAGAGCAGGCAGUGUCUAGAUGUCUUUCUACUUGCUAGUGAAUCUUAUUUUUAUCCUUUGUGCAUCCAGAGAUCUGCUACUAGUGUCUAUGGGUUUCUUGCCUUCCCCUGUAGAGGUUUCCUGUAAAAGAGAAGGGGAAGCCUUGGAGGAGAUUCUUACAUGGUGACAUUCCAAAGUUGCAAAGGAGUAGAGUGACACCCUCCCAGAGCAAAGUCUAAGAAGGCUAGAGGAGGAGUAGGAAGGCUUCUGGAGGAGCCUGCCUGCUGGCAUUCCACUGAACCUGGGAACUGAGGGGGCUGUAAACCAGGAGAUAAAAAUGGUGUCUGAAGAGAAUGAAACAAGGAAAUGACUUCAGGUUUCAGAAAUCUUUGAGCUAAUAUGUGGUGGUUUCUGACUCUAUUCUUCCAUAGGACCAUGUGGAUUUUCAUGGUGACUAUCAAUAAAACUUCCUAGGAAAACCAGGACUUUGCAUUUGCUUCUGGGGUUAGAGGGAAAAAGAUAGGCUGAAACUGUGGGCCAUCCAUGUGUUUCGGCUAGAGUAGGUUCAUACUCUCUGGGAGGUAUAGAGUGGGGGCAGUGACAACAUAAGGGAACUGGGCUGUUCCAAGAGUCCUGAAAUAAGACCCCCUGGCUCAUAGGAAUGGUUUGAAAUGAUGGGUACUAUGGUUACACCAUAAGGAAGAAUGGAGACAGGUGAAACAGGGAGACCCAGUCCUCAGGACGGAGUCAGGUUAAGAUGGCUGGGAAUGGAGGGUAGCUGGUGUGUGUGUGCACACACACGCACAAGUGUGUUUAUGUAUAUGGUAUACUGGCAUGGGAGGGGUGAGAGGGUGCAGAUGGAGGAUAAACAGGGAUAAGACAAGAAAUUCCUACACCAAGAUUUCAGGUGUCCAGGAGUCUGCAUCCUGAGAGCUACUAUAUCUCCUCUCCCUUCUCUGGUGACUUUUAUCCCUUCCUCAUUUUGCACCAUUGCUCCCCAGUCACUUUUUCUCAUCCAUUCCU